UGUGCCUGUGUGUGUGUGUGUGUGUUUGUGAUGGUUAAUCAAACAAGUGACAUGUAAAAGCUGUUAACGUCGUGCACCGCGACGCCCGUCCGUGUUUAUCGAAACCGCUGGCCGCUGCCCGCAGACCCCAGAAGUCCCAUCCCCGGAUGCGUGAUGAUAACUUUCAACCACGGGAACGCUUUGAAGGAGCGUCACAACUAGGAAGAGACAACUGCUCCUACUGACAACUGGCAGCAGUAGGCGCCGCUAGUUGCUAACAAGCGAUUUUGUUUUAUUAGUGAGGUGAAAGUGGAUAGUAGUGGUGCUGCUUGGUUGGAGGGUGUGAGAGUGAGGGCGCGCGGUAAAAUCAAUAACAUAAUCCGCCCUGAGCGGCUUACGCGCCUGAUUGAUCGAUUUGCCGAUGAAGCUGGCAAUGAAGCGGUACGGCCGGUCUUAGCCCAGCCCAGGGUCGGGCAGAAAGAUGCAGCCAGUAGUGAUGCCGGGGUCGGGGUGAUAAAAACAAUACGUAGAAUCAACAGGAAAUCACUACCAACCCGGCCCCCCUGGGGCUCUUGUUUACAACUGUGUGUGUGAAAGUGUGAGUGUUCGUUUGUGUGUGUGUGCGUUGUUUAUUACACUAGCAUCCCCUUCUUUCCCUGACUUCCUUCCAAAGCGUCGUUCUCGUCGCCAUCCUUCCCUUUCCAUUAGUAGAAUACGCUUCCCCGAAGCCCUGGUCACGCCCGUCCACAGCGGUUGUGCUCUGCGCUAUGCUAAAGGUGCUGAAAAAUUGGCCCCAAACAACGCACACCAACACGUCACGACGCCUGAAUUGCUUCAUUACUUGCCAUUACCCUGAUCUGUGUGCCGGUGCUGUGUUCAAGCGCACAAACACAAACACACCCAUAGUGGAGUAGCUUCACACAAACACGCAAAUGUGCUGAGCUGGCCUGAGCAGGAAGCAGCAGCCAGCCAGCCAGCCAGCCGCUUUUAACAAUGUUACGUCAGUGCCAGUUCGUGCUCGUGGCGCUGGCGUGCUUCGCGGCUAAUUGCUCCGGCACCAGCUCGGAGUACUUAAUCAUUCGGCAUGGCCGGUCGCGGGUCCGCCACUCGAGCGAGAAGGACCACAUCCGGUGGGGCCUGCAAGUGUUCGACAACUUUACGCUGCUCGACUACGAUGCGGGCGGCUCGGGCAGCGGGUCCGGCAGCGAGGAAACCCUUCCCGCCAGAGAGUCACAACAAGGGUCGAAUGGUGGUGGUGGCGGUGGUGGUUCCCGCGGAAACACGCUCACGAUUCGGUUUGACGAGUCCGAAGAGCUGGAGCGCAUGAUUGAGCUAAGCGAUUUCGAUAACCUGCGCUUCGGCGGUAGCGGGACGCCGGAACCGCCGGCACGCCCGGGCACGGUACCGACCGGCCGGGAGCGGAAGCUUAUCAAGAAGGAGAUAAUGGAAAACAUUCGCCGCACGGUCGACAAGGGUCUCGAGUACCUGAAAGCGCACCACAACCUCGACGAGGUGAAAAUCGAACUCGUCCCAUCGUUCCGGGACACGCAGGCGGUGCGCAAGCACGCCGGUAAACGCAUCCCGUCCGACACAGCAACGAUUGACAGCAGCAAUCGUGCGGAAGAGCAAUCGAGCAGCAGCAGCAGCAGCAGCAGUGCGAUAACCGUCCCGAUGAGUUCGGGUGCUGCAGCUGGUCGGAAACCGGCGUUGCCAUGGGCGGUGGAGGACGUUGGUCCGGUCGCUAAAAGCGUCCAGCGCUCGCCGAGCGCUCAAGUGUCCGCAUCCAAUCAACGACUAAUCUCGUUAGACGCGAUUCCCCGCAACCCGCUGUUGCUGCUCAGCCCGGGCUCAACCCAGUCGCCCGGUGUGAUGGAUGCGGACCACCGUUCACCGUACGAGUGGCACCGAGGGUCAAGAGUUGUAUCGGAUGGGGUGGAUUAUCCUAAUGACAUGCCGGUGGCGGACGCGGCGGCGGCGGCGGCCGUUGACACCGGUAACGCGGCGGACGAUGAGCGCGAGCAGGAAGCGGAAGGCGACGUGGACGACAGCGACGGGCUGCUGCAGGACGAUGAUCCGCUGCUGCAGGAGCCCGAGCUGGAGCAGGAGCAGGAGGAAGCGCCGGCCGAGGCACCGGACGCGGCCGACAUUAACAACGUUUUCCACAUGGAGGAGGCCGACCUGAGCGAGCUGGACGAGACGAGCCGCAACAACCGGCGCAACCUGAUGAAGGGCCGGGACGUGGUCACGCAGUUCCUGCAGAUCGUCGAGAGCCAGCACCUGCUCGGGGCGAACUGUACCGCCGGCACCGCGCUCAACCUCGGCGAGGGUGUCGUCGACCGGUACGCGCAGGAUCGGUUUCGCGUCGAGGCGGAAAUUGCCGUCAACCGGGCGAACAUGCUGACCAGAAUCUUCAAGUUCUCGUCCGCGGACGUCCAGGCGUCCGAGCACCUGUUGCACGCGUCCGUCCUGUCGAUGGUGGAGUUUGACGAUGACAUUUUUGCCGGCGGAAACUGCUUCGACUGGAACCAGCAUCCGGCCAAGCGGGGCCUGUUCUGCCCGUUCGCCUACCGGCUGCCGCCCCCGGACCAGGGCGCCUCGCUCGUGAAGGAUCUGGCGCUCGAGUACCACUACUUGGGCAACACCUCGGAAUGGUUCUUUCUGGCGCGGAAAAACGCCGAGAAGGUCAUCGCGCGCAACGAGCAGUACAUUAAAUCUUUUCACGUAUACACCAACAACACCGAACGGCAGGCGGACGAAAUCCUAUCGGUCAAGUACGAGGACGGACGAUGGUCAAAGCCGUACUACGACUGUGGCGGCGGCAAUAUCUGGAUGCUGACGUACACGGUACCCUUCUUCGGCUACGAGAAUGGGACGUACUUUUUCAAGGGCACUUCUGGCAUCGAUAUCGAUUUAAGGCGCGUCGACAUUGAUCAGUGUCCGCAGAAGAACUCCCCAUCGGGGGCACCGCAGCCGCUCAACAUAUUCGCCGGCACGGACAAAUGCAAGCAGCGCACGACCGAGUGUACACCCAUCCCGGGGCUUGGCUUUCGGCGUGGCUCGUACCGGUGCAUCUGCCGCAAGGGCUACUACUUUCCCGACACGACGAUCGAGCAGAAGUACUUCAACGGCAGCACGCUGGAGGAAGAGUACGAGAAGCUUAUGCUGAACGAGUACAGCACGUACAGCAUCCCGAACUCGUACGAAUGUCUGCCGUGUGCGGAAGGCUGCGACUACUGCGAGGAUGCAUCGCCGUGCGUGGCCGCCCUGAACUGGCCGAUGCGUACGUCCAUUCUCGUGCUGGCCUGUGCCGUCAUCGGGCUGCUCCCACCAGCGGCCGUGUUUACCUUCAAGUACCAGCAAGUGAAGGUUGUAAGGGCGGCCAGUCCAGCGCUGCUGCGUGUAAUUGCAUUGGGCGCAUUUUGCAUUUAUUGCACGUCGGUGGUGAUGUAUCCGCCCCCGUCGCUGUACUCCUGCACCGCCCGCAUCUGGUUGCGGGAAAUUGGCUUUUCCCUGACGUACGGAGCGCUGAUGCUGAAAACAUGGCGGAUAUCGGUAAUUUUCCGUGUUCGGUCAGCGAAAGCGGUCAAAAUUACCGACGCCUACCUGCUGAAGCGGAUCGGUGUGCUGUGCGGUUUCGUCGGGAUAGCGCUACUCGUCCGAACGCUGGUCGCACCGCCGGUAGUGAUCGUCGGCCGCACCGCCGACAAUCUGAAGGCGUUCCUGUGCAAAACGGAUUGGUGGGAUCAUACCUUCACCUCACUGGAGGUCCUGUUUCUGGCCUGGGGCGUCCGGCUCUGCAUCAUGGUCCGGAAGGCACCGUCCGAGUUCAACGAAAGCCGCUUUAUAUCGAUGGCGAUCUACAACGAAUUUCUACUGACCUGCUUCCUGAAUGUGUCAAUGUUGUUCCUGCAGUCGCCGGCUAAUCCCGAUUUAUUGUACAUCAUAUUUUUCUGUCACACGCAGCUAACGGUCACGCUACUGUUGGCUUUGAUUUUUGGCAGCAAGGUGUACCUGGUGUUCCGGGGCGGUGGCAAGCAUCAGGACGACCCGACCGGGCUCGGCAUCAAACCAUCCGGUGCCAAAUUUAUUAGCCGCUCGCACGGACGUACCUUUGCGAACGCUAGCAGCGUCACGACGUCGACCGCCCAGCUCGGGGCCAACAUGGCGAACGAAGGUCGCCUCACGGAAACGGAAGCGCUGGAGGAGCUGAAGCUCCUCUACACCCAGCUCCAGCGGCUGUACGAGCGCAUCCCGCAGCGUGGCGCCGCCAUCCUGACCGUCGCCAGCCUGAUGGAAGCGUGCCGGACCACCUCGCUGCGCCCACCGCCCGCCCUCGGUGCGCCCAGCCCGCUGAAAGCGAUAAAGGCCGCCGCUGCACCGGACGGCCUGUCGGUGGCAUCGGGCGCAACGGGCAUCCCGUCGCCAGCGCCCACCCCAACCACCAUCCUGCGGCUGGACAAGAGCACCAACACGAACACGACCGCAACGAUCCCGAACGGGUCGGUCACGACCGCACCGCCCGGAAAUGGGUCGAUCGUUCCGCUACCCGCCCAAACGCGCAUCACCAUCACGGACGAGCUGGACGGGCCGGAGGAGGCGGUGCCCGACCUCGCCCGGCCGAACUGUCUCCGCUCGAUCGAUGGCAGCGACUUCCGGCUCGACCACCAGCAGCUGCAGUGCAUGUGCAGCGGCGACGAGGAGUACGGUGAGGCCGGCCAGCGGGACCCACUGUCCCGGUCGAUGGAGCUGACCGGCCGGCGCAACAACAGCAAUGGUUGCUGCUGCAGCUGCGCCUGCUGCACCUCGACCCGCACCGCACAGCCGCAGCAGCAGCACGGCCGGCGCAACGAUAGUGUGAUAAACAAUUCCACCAGCGCCGGGGUGCUCACCGGUGCGGGCAGUGCGGUUAAUUGUAAUUGUAAGAUAAGUGGAGUGCACGUCAAAUCCGGUUCCGCUUCCGGGUGUGCCUGUAGUGCGGGCGGGCGGCGGCAGGACGCAACGGUCGGGAGUGCCGGGCCGUUGCACAAAGCCAAACAGCACACCUCGGAGCUGGUGCUCAACUGUCAGUUUGUCGAUAGGAGCAGCGCGGAGCACCGGAAGCAACAGCAGCAGCAACCGAACUCAACACAGCAACAAAUGCAUCCUUCCCCGCAUCACCAUCAGCGUGCCUCCAGCACCAGCGAGUGUGGUGAGUUCAGUACAAAAGCUUUCGAAUCUUGUGAUAAUCUGCUACAUCAGCAGCAGCAGCAGCAACCAGUCCGCCAGCACCAGCGGCACAACCACCCAUCGGGCACCGGCCCCAACACCCUUGUAGAUAGCCAGGCGACACAGACACAGGUGGGGGUGGCCGGGACGCUUGCCCAGCUGGCGCCCGCCACCGACGAGGCCACGAUCCGGUCGGUGAAUCUAGAAAAGUUUAACAAAUUGUACGCCAACAACAGCAGUAGGAUAGAUAGCUUGAAGGAGCACUUUCUGAUGCGGAACGCGCUCACGACCGCGCUGCAGCAUCUGGAAAUUGAAAACCGGUCCAGGGGCCAGGGGAGCAGAGCGAGAGGAAGGGAGCCGGUGGAGCAGGGUGGGGGUGGCGGUUGUGGUGGCGUGACGGAACCACCGGCAAGGGACACAGCAGUGCAAACGCAGCACGAACAACAACAAUCAAGCACGGUGGCCCCCGGUAACCCGGUCGGCCGGGAUGAAGCAAUCAAUAGUAAAUGCAAUAGCAGUAGUGGUAGUAGUAGCUGUAGUAAUAGCAGUAGCAGCAGUGCCGGUGGUAGUAGCGAAACCAAGCGCAACAACCACGGCAGUCGGAGGGGCGAAAGCAGCAACGGCAGCAAGGGCAGCAGCAGCACCGGCAACAGUGCCGCCUCGCCGGAAACGUCGACCGCCGGUGGGGACGGUGCGGAUGGCGGGGAGGGCGGCAGUGAGGGUGGGGCGAGUGGCGAGGUGGGCAGCACCAGCACGAGCGGGACGAAGAAGAAAAAGUCGCCCGAAAAGCGGCUCGUUAUCGAUCUGAACGAUCGCUCCAAGUACACCGAGGAGGUGUCGGUGUGAGGCACUGCCGUGAGGAGUUGAGGUGGAUAGGACAGACACAUGCAAAAUUUUACGACACAAUUGUGUGUCGGUGUGUCUCUGUGUGUGUGUGUG